AUGUCUAAUGUACAAAGGCAGGAUCUAACUAUCUUUAAUGAUCAAAGUGUUCUGUCCAAAUCGCUUUUCACUGAGGGACUGAGCCAUCUCCUAUUUGUGACCCACAGAUUGGGUACGUCGCCUUCAUGGCUAAUAAACACAAUUACUGAAAGUUACAUCUAUGGGAUUCCAUUUUCUUUGAAUGAAUCAAACACCAGUGCUGUGAAUAGAAAAGCAGUGUGCACGAAGCCCCUAGUUAUAGCAUCCUUUAUCCAUGAAUCUGCAUACUUUACAUCGUCGUUAAACAAACUAAAAAUUGAUUCCACCCAAUAUAGAAUAUUGGAUUUCUUGACCGAUUUCGCCCUCAAAUAUACUGGCAAUCCAAAAGAAAAAGUGCUGACAGAACUGAUCAACUGUCUGAGUAAACAGUCGGGCAGAAUUUUGAUAUUAGAGCAGCCGGAAUUGCUAAUACCUUUGCUGAAUAUCACCAGUGAUGAGCUGCAUUUGAACUUUAUCAAUCCGCUGAUGAAAAUGUUUUCGGUUGUGGUUUUAGUCUCGUCAGUUGAGGGAUAUGAAAACACCAAUGCUGACUCGGGAGAGUACCAGAAGAAAGAUAUGAUCGACAUGAUAAGAUAUACUCACAGCUGUUUCCAUAAGAGCAUAGUUCUAUUAGCAUUAAAGCCAUUGGACACAGGGCGUGCCAAUGAUAUUACAGGCACCUUGAGAAUCACUAGGGGUGGGGCAUCCCCUUCGCGUCUACCAGUCCACGUUGUAGAAAAUGAAUACCUCUUCCACUCACAGCGAGAAUCCACUAAACUCUUUUACCGCUAA